GUGGUGCAGCACAUCACUAACCACCACAUUCACUGGUCUCGGGUGGAGGAGAUCUACGGCCCGCAGUGGGCCUACUACGCGUUUUUGACGUUCGAGCAAGCGCGCGAUGGCUGGAUCACGUUGUACACCCGGGACUACGAGAGGCUGUUCUUUCACAACUGGAUGACGAGCGAGUUACGCUGGUACCCUCCGAACGACGAGGGCGGCACGGGCGGGGCGCCUGACAUGUGA